AUGUAUACAUUUUUUUUCAAUUGUUUUGCAGUUAAAGACGGAGUGCUUCCGCAGAUUACACAGAUUGCUGCAGUGGAGUUACAGUCAGGAGAGCAGUUCAAUACAUAUGUUAAACCAACAGUUCCCAUUUCUAUGGCUGCAACAACUGUUACUGGCAUAUCAUUUUAUAAUGAGGAAAUGACAGUAAAUGGAACAAAAGUGCAAUCAGUGUCCAUAAAAACUGCUAUGGAUGAAUUUGUUAAUUGGAUAUCCAAAUUCAAAAGUGUAUGUUUAGUAGCUCACAAUGGUCGCAGAUUUGACUUUCCCAUUCUUGUGUCUACAUUAAAGAACAUUGGAGCUCAGGAUAAGUUAUCAGAAUGUGCAUUCAUUGACUCCAUGUCAGUGUUUCGAAAGCUUUAUCCGAACACAUCACUGAAACAAGUAGACCUUGUGUCAUCCUUACUUGGUGAAACAUACGAUGCACACAAUGCCAUGGGUGAUGUGGUUGCCCUUGGGAAAUUAAUCAAGUUUGUGAACCUCUCAAGUAAUGAUUUAAUGGCUCAUAGUUUUACUCAGUCAGCAAUUGCUAAUAACAUGGCUUUCAAUAAAUCUAAAACACUGAAUUUGCCAUCAUUGAAUCCGUUGAUUUAUUCAGGUGUGAUAAAAAAACCUACCGCUGAAAACAUUGCUGGGUCUGGUCUGAAUAUAAAUCACUUAAAACUGUUGCAUACCAGAGGUGGGGAAGAUGCUUUAAAAGAUGUGUUUAUUUCCAAGAACUCAGAAGGCUUACCAAGAGUCUCUAACAAUAAGAAAGUGUUGGAAGAGAUUGUACCACAAAUUGCUAAAUAUUUUGAAAAUCACUAGAUUUUUAUACUCUGGUAUAAUAACUGUUCAGGGACAAAAAUGUUUUCUGUACAUUUAUUUGUCUGUACAUCCACAGUGAUAAUUAAGGAAAUAACAAUAUAGGUGUUCUAUAUUUAUUGCAAUGUUCUUAUCUAUAAAACAUCAUACAAUGUAUUUACCAGAAAAUAUUUAUGUAAUGCGUAAGAUAUAUUAUUUACUCAAAUUUUGU